GUGGAGAUAUAACAGAAUCACACCAGAAUAUUUUACACCUAAAAAGCACCUAAAAAAGAUUUGGAAUUUUGUUCAACAUGUAACCGUCAUUUCAAUAUAACCAUUCUACCCUUUCUUUCUAGUUUCCACUAAAAUGAUAUGUUUAAUCUUAAUAAAAAUAAUACUGCUCUUCUCAGCUUUUGUUUCAACAAAGAGGAUCUAUAAAACAGGCCAAGUGAUAAAAAUGGUGAAUGACAAGAAUGAGCUAGACCAUCUGAAACGUUUACAAAAUGGUUCGCUGAUUUUAUAUAGUAUGACGUCAGGAGAAGCAGCCGAAAAAUUUGAAGAAAAUUUAUUACGAGCUCACAACUAUGUAUCAAAAUAUGGAUUUAAAAUGAAAAAGGUAAACUGUAACAAAAUGAAGAGAACAAUAAAAGAAUGCAAACAUGUGACAAAUCAGCUGGUUUAUUUAUACAAGCUUGGGGAUGAAAAAAUCAUGAGUUCUGACCAACUCAAUGGAACAAAAAGAACAAUCAAUGAAAUUUUAUUUUUCUUAGCUUCGUCCAAUUAUGAAAAAAUGAUAUAUGUUGGCAGUAUGGCACAAGCAAAUGAAAUUAUUGAAAUGAAUCGAAAGAUUUUUAAUUCUGUUGUUGGAUGUUUUCAAGAUUAUGAAUCUGAAGAGUUACGCAAUUUUUUGGAUGCUGCCAUGGAGAUUGGGCAUGAUUAUGCAUUUCUUUUGUUGAAUGGAAAAGCUGAUGACGUGAAACCGAUUAAAAAGCCGGGUUAUUUUAUAACACUGUAUUACACGAUGGAAGUUGAACCUGGAAAACAGCCUGAAACUGUAGACCUUACACCGUAUGCAAGCAACGUCAUAUCUCUGAAAGAAAUUAUCCAAACCUUGGAAAUGACAGAAGAGAUCAAACAGCAACUCCACAAAGUUAAAACUGCGAAAAGUCGACAGCAAGAAGAACUUAAUUAUCAAAAAGAAAAAGCUGCAGAAGAAUUAGAGAGAAAGAAAAGAAAACACAGUGAAUCAAAUCUACCUACGCCAUCUAUCCGAAGAAUAAACACAACAGAUCUACUUCAUAAGAAGGGAAACAAAACAAACAGUUUUAUUGAGCUGUUAAGCGACGAAGACUCUGAUUUAGCGAAGGAUGCGUAUGCAAUUAUACGAAAUGAGCACAGGAAUCAAAAGUUGUCGUGUGGUGUAAAUGAAACGGAGUUUUAUAAGGAGUUGAAACUGGUCAACACAACCUCGAAGCAUGUAUUGUUGGUCCUGUAUUAUGUUUCGUGGGACUCGUUGUAUCAACUAUUCAAACACACUUACAUGGAGAUUGCUGACGAAGUUGACCAAGAUGUCAAAGCCGUUGCAAUUGAUUGUUCAGCAUGGCCAUCUCCAUGUCAACAGAAUCAGAUCUCAACUUAUCCAAGCUUGAUUUUAUACAAACCCGGAUUAGAACCGAUUAGAUACAAGGAUUUCUUGCACAAACAAACUUUGAUGAAACACAUAUCAAUAUGGAAAGAGCCGUUUCUUCCAGAACUUUCUGAUGUUCGACAACUGCAAGAUCUGCAGAAACAAAUGAAAGAGACGUUUGUUAUUGCAGCUUUCUCUAACGUUAAAGGUGUGAAACAAAGUGAAAGUUACAAGAUCUAUUCGCAAGUAGCGUUACGCUAUUAUGGUAAAGUUCGCAUGGCGGUGUUGUUAUCAAAAAAUAAAAAUAUCACUUUCAAUCAACAAAAGCUUAAUUUACCAUCAGUUGUGACUGUAAACGCAAAUGGUGUCAGAAAUCGUAUUGUUAGAACCAAUGUUUUCGAUGCAAAACUUUUAGAUGACUGGAUCAACGAGCAAACACAACCUCAAGUUCAAGAACUCACACCAAUAUCAUUUCCGAAGUUGCUUCGACUUAGAAAACCAUUCUUAAUUGCAUUCCGAGAAAGAAACAAAGAUCGAGCAGUGUUAUCAAGAUUCGCACAAAACAAUCCGAAUGUCAUCACAGUAUGGAUGGACAUUGACAGUGAUUUAACGAAAUCCAUACAAACAACGUACAACCUUCAACAUCGAAAUACAAUCGCACUACUGGACAAGAGAAAGAACACUGUGUAUGAGUUCAAGGAAGGUAAAAGAACAAAAGAUAACAUAUCAAAGUGGAUAUCAAAAUGUCUAAGUGGUGUUUCCUACGAACCAUCAUAUACGUUGCCUGAUCAAACUUGGACUGGAAAUAAUGGUAUAGAUUUUUUAAAACUUAUCGACGAGGAACAAAAGAAUUUCACAAGCCCCUCUACGAAACAAGAAAACAAUGAAAAGACAGUAAAAGACAGACUGAAUGGGCAUAUUGCAAUUGACAGACCGGAAGAAUUUGAUAAAACUGCAACUGACAGAUUGGAAGAUGAGGGUGAUAAAGACAACUUUAGAUAUUACGAUGAAUUGUAGUAUUUCCAAGACCGCGUUUAUUUAAUCCUCGUGCUCUGGGUCUAUUAUUUAACCUUGAGCCGUUAAUACGGAUAAUAAUCACGUAAGGGAAAAAUGCUCUGGGAACGAGGUUGUUUAUUGUUUAUAAUUUACCUUUUACGAGGAUUUUGAUUGUGCAAAACAAAUGAAAAUAUAAAAAACAAUUUCAUAUAA